AAGGCCAGCUGCGCACGCCGAGUGGUCGGAUUGCGACGGCGGGGCGGGCACUACCAUCUCCCUCCCAGUGGCCUAGGGCAGGAUGGCGGCGCCGCACUCUUGCGGGGACGGGCCUUGCUGUUCUUGCCCGAGUGCGGUGCCCGGCGUGCAGCAGACGCUAGAAGAGAUGGACUUCGAGAGGGGCAUCUGGUCAGCAGCCCUGGACGGAGACCUGGGCCGCGUGAAGUCUCUCAUCCAGAAGCCCACGGACCCCAGCCAGCCCGACUCUGCCGGCUACACAGCCCUGCACUAUGCCAGCCGCAAUGGGCACUACGCAGUGUGCCAGUUUCUGCUGGAGAGCGGGGCCCAGUGUGACGCCCGGACCCGAGGGGGCGCCACAGCCCUGCACCGUGCCAGCUACUGCGGCCACACGGAGAUUGCACGGCUGCUGCUCUCACACGGCUCGGACCCCCGGCUGGUGGACGAUGAUGGCAUGACCAGUCUGCACAAGGCUGCUGAGAGGGGACACGGGGACAUCUGCUCUCUGCUGCUGCAGCACAGCCCGGCCCUGAAGACCGUCCGGGACCGAAAGGCACGGCUCGCCUGCGACCUGCUGCCGGGCAACAGUGCCCUGCGGGACCUGCUGGCCAGCUGAGGGGACAGUGCCACACAGGGAGCACAGACACCGGGCCACCGGCUGCCCCACCCGUUCAGCAUCCACUCAGGGUGGACAGCACACCCAGGAUACCCAGAGCCACUUCCAGCCUGGUGGUGGCCAGGCAGGGCUGGCAGCUUUGAGGCAGGGACAGACAAUCACAUUCUAGGUUAUUCCCACGGCAACCUCUGCCCACGCAGGGAGAAUAAAGUUAUCUCCUCUCCUGA